GACUGAAAUCAAGUGAUGUCCAUUCAGAGUAUAAAAGGAGAAAUCAUUUUAAUAUGUGAGGCAGAUACGAGGGUGAAGAGAUCAAGGCUAAACACAAUGAAGGUUACACAUCCAACUUGGAUACUGGCACUGUUGGGCCUUCUGGUCUCCCAGGUUAUGGCGUUCCCCAGUGAGAUGCAGUCCGACGACGAAAACAUCUUGCAGGAUGUAUUAAACCAAUAUAUAAAGCCUUAUGUGGAACCAGUAAUGGAUAGAGUCAAAGACUCACCCCUCUAUACCUCCUUUACGAACAUGAUGGACAAUGUGACAGAAGCAAAGGACAAGGCUUUAUAUAAUAUAGGUAUGCUUUCUGUUGUCUUUAUUUGGGGACCAUUACAUGAAGUGAAUCGGAAGAUCCAGCCAAUACGGGACUUUGCAUACAACAUGUUUUGGGAAAAAAAUGAGCAAUAAACGAAACCCCUAAAUAUCACUUACACUGGGCAACUCAGAGGAAGAGCAUGCUUGGGUUAUCAAUUACUAAAGUUUAUUGCCCUGGAUUACAAUGAUUCAAAGCAAUUGUAUAAUUUGAUAGAAUAUCAAUUCAUCAACAUGAUAACAAUUGGUCUAAUCUUUGUGUGCUACAUAAUUGUACUUAAAGUGUUAUUCAUCAUGUGACAAAACUAUAACUCCUUGAUCCUGAACUGACUCCAUUGUUUGGUUGGUAACAAUCUGGCAACAUUGUAAAGCUCCUAUUUCAAUAUUUCCAUUUGGGUAGGUUCAACCUUUACAAAAUGAGUUUGCAUGAAUUUGAUAGGUAAUAAAAAGAUCAGGGGCACAGACUUGUAGCAAUAUAUCAAACAGUUUCACUGUGUGAAUGACCCUGGUGGUUAUUUUCCUUUCCAGGGUCAGAGUAAUUUGAGGCUGGUUUAGGAAAUACACAGUUGGUGGCAGUAUUUUUUGUGAGCUCAGGGAUCUUUCAUGGAUUCCACCUGGCCGGGAGGGGAGUCCAGGAUUGGAUCUGGGCAGGUGCCAGGCCCAUUUAGGCAAAGUUAGUCAGUUUGCCCGUGAACAAUCACUCUAGGAGUUAAACGCAGUUUUAGGAUCAGUUAGCUGAGCAGCCAUAAGCUCCAACAAGGAGUUUAUUGGGGUUAGUACCCUUGUGGUGACUGAUAAGGCCACCAACAUAUAAGUGGGUGAGCUCAGGAGCAGGGAACGUCGGCAAGGAGGAAGAUACUAUAUGAGAUUUCCAGAGCUGGGGAAAGGAUCACCAAAAUGUUGGAGCAAGGCACUUGUAUAGGUCACCCAUGGAUCAGAUAAAUAUUGCGUAAAAAAAGAGCAUUUUAUUUGUAUAAACAACUCAUGCCUUGAUUUGUUUAUACAAAUAACAUUUUCUUUUUUACUCAAUAUUUAUCGGAUCCAUGGGUGACCCAUUCAAGUUAUUUGCUCCAACAUUUUGUUUCCUUAUAUACGGUUUGUCUGCUCCCUUGAGCUGAGGGCCUGGGGCAGGAGCCCCUGGGCCAACUAUUCAAUUUGGUGAGUUGAUCCACUUGCGACGUUUGAUGCUUGUAAUUAUAUGAAAGCAUCACCAAGGCAGGUUGUACUACCCCAUAAGAGGGAACUAUCUGAAUUAUCUUAAAGUAGGAAGGUUUUUCAUUGAUUGAACUGAAUGUGCUUAAAGAUUCCACUGUCUGCAUAUUGUGAUUCUGAUUAACUGCUUGUGUUUAAUAAAGAAGUUCAUUGUU